AUGAAGCGCUUCCAAGGGCUCAUUAACCGGACGAAGAGUCUCUCCACCCACGGCCCUCGCAGCCAGAGCAACACCCAGAACUUCGAGAAUGCCCCCGCCGACUCCCCCGAAGCCAACGCCGGCCGCGCCGUGCGCCUCUUCUGCGAAUCCGGCUCUGCCAGCAAUGGCGGCGAGGAAGUCCUGCACCUCCCUGUGAUCGUCGAGUCCGCCGAAUCCUCGCCCUCCGCCGCCGCGAGCGCGGCGUAUCAGAUACGCAAGUUCCUGGGGAAGGAGUAUCAGAACAAACCGCAUGUGCAGUACAACGCCAUCAUGCUCGUGCGGAUUCUGAGCGAUAACCCGGGCCCUACGUUCACGCGGAACUUUGAUAAGAGCUUUGUGGCGGCGGUCAAGGAUACGUUACGGUCGUGCAAGGACGCGAGUACGCAGCAGAUUUUGCGCGAGACGUUGGAUGCGCUGGAGGCGGAUAAGCAGUAUGAUCAGGGAUUGCAGGGGCUGUUGGUUAUGUGGAGGAAGGAGAAGGGGCAGAAUGCUUCGUUGGGGCAUCGCUCGAGUGUGAGGAUGUCGCAGCAGCCGAGGGACUUUUCGGCGUUUCAGCAGCCUGGACAGGAACAGCAGUUUGGUCGUGGUGGUGGGAGCGGGAGGAGGUCGGGGAGGACGACGCUCCCAACGCCUGCUGAGUUGGCUAGUCGCGUUGAGGAGGCGAGGAAUACGGCGAAGAUUCUGCUACAGCUUGUGCAGUCGACACGGACGGAGGAUGUUCUCAAUCAUGAGCUGAUUCGAGAAUUCAGUGAGCGGUGUCAGGGGGCUCAGCGGAGCAUGCAGUCAUAUAUCAACUGCGAUGAUCCGGCGCCGGACCAUGAUACGAUGCAGACGUUGAUUGAGACGAAUGAGCAGCUGAGUCUGGCGCUUACUCGGCAUCAGAGAGCUGUGCUUGCUGCGAGGAGGGCGAUGGGGGCCGCAGAGAGUCCGAGUCAACAGGCUGCGACUGAGAAUGGGUAUGGUGCUUUUGCGCCUCCUCCGGCGACUGGGGCGCAAAAUGGGAAUGGAAAUCGGUCAAGCUAUGAAGGAUACCAGGCUCCAGCAGGCCCACCACCCGGCACGAUCAAUAGCUUCGACCAGCGGCCUGCGCAACCACACCACCAGCAGUCAUGGGCGAAGCCGAACAACCCCUUCGCCGACCCGGUAGAGCACACCUCCAACCCUGCACCCCUGGCCAUCGAACCAACAAACUACGGCACCGGCGCAGGUGCCUUCUCCCACCAACCGCAGCAUCUACCGCAACAACCACCCCAAAUACCUCCCCUCCCCCAAUCCACGACAACCCAAACCUUCUCCAUCGAACCCGAACCCACCUUCGCCCCCUCCCCACCCCGCCGCCAAAACACCGCCGACCUCGAAAACGCCUACUCCGACUCCGAAGGCCGCGUCUCGCCCAUCCUCCACCGCACCAACCCCGCAGCAGCACCACCCUCCCGCGAAGGCCUCGUCGUCUCCCCAGAAUCCCCCCAUCGACCCGGUCCUGGCCCCUGGCAUCACUCGGACAUUACGCAGAGUUAUGUGGGGAGGCAGAGUAGUGCCGCCAAUGGGAUUACGAUGCAUGGCGGGCAGAGCGAUGAUAAUGUGCAGGAGAUUGAUGGGUAUAGUCAGGUCGGCAGGAGGGAUCAUGGUGCGGGGCCGGGGAGUAUGAGGUCGAGUGAGUAUGAUGUUAGUCCGGUGGAGGUGAGGACGGCGCAGGUGGGGAGGAGGUAUUAG